UACAGGAGGAUAUCGCACCUCUGAGAUAAUUACUAGUAUACUGAAGAAGAUCCACAGUAUAUUAAGAUGAAUAUCGGUGAACGAUUUCGUGCAGCAGCCCGCUCGCUAAUGCUAUUGUGCACAACUUUCAGAAGUUUAUCAUUGUUCGAUAGCCAAGCAGAUGAGGUUGCAGGCCGUAAGGCAAGUGUGCACGAGGCCCUUUCUGCAAUAUCAGAAGUACAAUUACGCGCCUUGUUCAAUUUCCAUGAAUGUCAUGAUGAUCAAAUACAUCACAGUGCUAGUGCGUGUAAGUUGCAAGGGCUCUGUGUUCAAUUGCAAGAACGGAGAACGCAUGACGGAUGGAAGUUGCUGCAAAAUCUGGUACGAGGUGUUGUUCAUAUUGUUCAUACGGCCACGAUGAACGAUCAGUGACUUGGUAUGCACUCAAAUCCAUGCAAGCGUGUG